CGAAGAUUGGUUCGCACUUGUUCGUGUCUCCCAGAGGCAUCGCCUGUGGUAUAUGUCCAGACAUGUAUAGCUGUGCGUAAUUAAAAAUAGAGAUGAUACGUAAAGAAAUCGGCUUCUGAGCGUUACAUUUCAACCGGAAGUUCUACCGUUUCGUCUGGCUUGACACGUGGUCGUGCCAGCUCUGGGAACUUCGGGGGGGUUAGGACUUCUAUCCAAGUCGGAGUAGAGGAAACCGGCGGUCAACAGUGAGCCAGCACAGAUCCCAUUAUCUCCAUCGUCCGAGGGUUCCGUCGCCAGUGAAAAUGACCCAGUGCGUGCAGGGCAUGCUGUAUCUGUCGGUUCUGGUGGCGUUCGCCGCCUGCGACGCGCCUCCGGUACCGUUAGACGACAUCUUAAUUGAGAAAACUUUCGUGCCAGAGCAGUGUGUGCGCGCAGUCAAAGUGGGCGAUUAUGUCAGGUACCACUACAACGGCAUGUUUCCGGACGGCAAGAAGUUCGACUCGAGCUACGACCGUGGCAGCACCUACAAUGUGUUUGUUGGCAAGAAGCAGCUGAUUGCAGGGAUGGACAAAGCUCUGGUGGGGAUGUGUGUCAACCAGAGAAGCCUGGUCAAGAUCCCACCUCAACUGGCGUAUGGGAAACAGGGAUACGGGGACAUCAUCCCUGCAGACUCCAUCCUCCAUUUCGACGUCCUGCUGCUCGACGUGUGGAACCCGGAGGACGGCGUCCAGAUCAAAACCUACCACACACCCUCAAACUGCUCCAGGAAGGUCGAGGUGUCCGACUACAUUCGCUACCACUACAACGGCACCUUGUUGGACGGCACGCUCUUUGACUCCAGCCACACCCGUAUGCGCACCUAUGACACGUACGUUGGGAUUGGGUGGCUGAUCGCUGGUAUGGAUCAGGGCCUUUUGGGAAUGUGCGUUGGAGAGAGACGCAUCAUCACGAUGCCGCCGUCCCUUGGAUACGGAGAGAACGGAGACGGGAGUGACAUCCCAGGACAGGCGUCCCUGGUCUUUGAUGUGGUUCUCCUGGACCUCCACAACCCCAGAGACGGGAUCGCAGUGACCAAUCAGAUGGUACCCGAGUCCUGCACGAGGAAGUCCGUUGCCGGAGACUUUGUACGCUACCACUAUAACGGCAGCCUCCUCGAUGGGACAUUCUUUGAUUCCAGCUACUCUCGUAAUCGUACCUAUGACACCUACGUGGGUCGAGGCUACGUGAUCGCCGGCAUGGACGAGGGCCUGAUUGGAGUCUGUAUCGGAGAGAGACGCACCGUCACCAUCCCGCCACAUCUCGGCUACGGAGAGGAGGGCACAGGCUCUAAGAUCCCCGGUUCGGCCGUCCUGGUGUUUGACGUUCACAUCAUCGACUUCCACAACCCGUCGGACAACGCCGUGGUCAACGUCACUCACAAGCCGGAGGAGUGUGAAAAGAAAACAAAGAAGGGAGACUUUGUCAAAUACCACUACAACGCGUCUCUGAUGGACGGCUCAUCCAUCGACUCCACAUAUAAUUAUGGAAAGACCUACAACGUCGUCCUGGGAGCCAACCAGGUAGUCCCGGGGAUGGAGGUGGGACUGAUGGACAUGUGUGUGGGCGAGAAAAGGCACCUUGUUAUUCCUCCUCACCUGGGCUACGGGGAGCGAGGAGUCCUUGACGAAGUUCCAGGGAGCGCCGUGCUGGUGUUCGACAUCGAACUGGUGGAAAUGGAGGACGGGCUUCCCGAAGGCUACAUGUUCAUCUGGAACGACGAUGUGUCAAACGACCUCUUCACCGAGAUGGACAAAGACCAGAACAAAGAGGUGGAGCCCUCCGAGUUCACCGACUACAUCAUGAAGCAGGUGAACGAGGGCAAAGGCCGCCUGGCUCCCGGCUUCGACCCGUAUCGCAUCAUUGACAACAUGUUCUCCAACCAAGACCGCGACGGAGACGGAAAGAUCACGGAGGCGGAGUUCAAGCUCAAAGCGGACGAGGACGUCUCCCACGACGAACUAUGACGGGACUGAGUGCGAAACGCAGAUCAGGGUGACGGCGGGAGGGUCGGAGGGCGGCGUUGUUACACACAUGCGGGUGGUAGAGUAGAGAGAAAGAGAGACGGGGUCGCAAGUGUGUGAAAAGUAAUCCAAUUUUCAAUUUGGAAGAAUUGGAUGAUGUUCGAAGGAAGUCUUGGCUUUUAAAAGGGAGGUGAGAGGAAUGCGUGAAGGUUUAGGAAUGAGAUUAUUUUGAGUACUGUUGUGUUCAAAAUCUUUUAGGCCAGGACGAAGAACUCCAGUGGUUUUAAUAUAGAAGUUUUGAUGCAGAGGCUUCCCGGGCUUUGAUAAUGAACAGUCCACUGCGGUCUAUGCUUCCCGCCAGAGAACCUCGAACACAAGUUUUAUACGUUUCACCAUGUGGGCGUAGUUGCCUCUCAUUGGUUGAAACAUGCUUAUGUCUGACAGAUUCAAACGGGAGCGCUGCUGGCUCUGGGUUUGGUUAAGAGUUGAUGUAAAGGCAUCGCUUCUUUCCUAGCUGGGCACCAUGGGCGUUUAAAAGCAUGCUGCUCAGUCUCGUCAUCUCCUUUUCAUUCCAAAGAUAGCUGCUGAACAACAUUUGUCAUACACAAAUCAUGAUAUAGUCACAUUCUUACAGAGAGAAUGCAGGACUUAGGUCCCAAUAUACCUUCUGUUGACCCUCCGGGGUCACUGAGAAACACAUCCUAAGGCAGACUGUCUUCCAGACUACUUGUACGAUUUAUAAUUUUUCAUAAAGCAUUUUUAUCCCAUCAUGCAUUUACAGGAGAUACAAGACAUUUCCACACUAUUCAGAACUAAAUAUUGGAAGGACUCAUCCGAGGUUAAUGAUGACGGUUUAUUUUUACCUCCACUCUUGUUAUUUUUUGUCUUGUGUUACGUAACACCUGUUUUUUAUUUUGAAGGGUGCAAAAGUGUGAAAGAACAAACUGAGGCCUCACUCCACAAUACCUGCAUUGAAAGCUCCAUUGUGACAUUUAUUGUUGUUGAUGUUUUGUCUGACUAGUUUAUUGAUUGAGAGCUAGAAGUUAGAAUGAUAUUUUAUUAACAUGGUUGACCGCUGAUACCUUUUUAAUGUGAGGAUGCAUUCAGUGUUCAAUCAUCCAAAAUACCAGUGAAAGGUCACAAAUCCUAAAAUCACUGGGCGUUGGAGUCUUUCAAUCAAUCGAGUUGUUGUAUUGCUUGGUUUUUCUGCGUACAAAUGUCGACAUCGGGAUACAAUUUAAGAUUCUGUGUGCGUGUGCGUUUGUGAAAAAGUGUAAUUGUUGCUUUUUGUUUUACUUUUUUAUUCAGGAGAAUGUUGAGGUUUGUUGCUGAAAAUGUCUACACAAAGUUAAAUUUGAUUAAAUGACCUCAUCUAACUAUACGCCUAGAUUGAGUCUGUCUAGUUUUAAUUUGACCAAAAGCAUUGUCAUGUUUUCAGGCUGGUUUAAGCGUUUUAAGUAAACUCCUCAUACUUACGGUUGUUAUUUCUUCCGUCUUCUUCACAGUUUUUUUAUCAAUGUUUUUUUAUGAGCAAUGCGAGUUUAUGUCACAGUUUCUGAGGAUUCUGUUUAAUAUCUCAACAUGUCAUUUGUGUUCAUUUAGCUCAGUGAUGGAGGUCAAUUUCUUACCAGGGCCCCAGAUAACCACCUGGCUGAAGUUUCAAAAAUAAAAAGCCAAGUGUCUCAU